AGACCUUGAUACAUGAACCCCAUGGCUCUGAGAAGGCACUCCCCUCAGAGUCGACAUGGGUUCUAGUAUUUGGGCAUGCGAAGACGAGACCGGGGUCGCCUUGGGACCAUCAUACGAGGAAUACGACGAACAUCGCUCAUUAAGUGCCCACUGAUCUGAAGGUUUGUGGACCAUUGCGGGACCAGCAUGGCCAUUGAGAAUAGCCAGUUGAAUGCGAGGUUGCCGUCAAGGCCAAUCUGCGCUGUGUGUUGGAUGGCCGUGGGACCGUUGCCGCCGUCUCCUUCGCCCAUUCAUGUGGCGACAAUUGAUUAUACGAGGGCGGGGGCGUAUAGAAUUCAUUGCCGCAAUGGGAACGGGUUCUGGAACGAGAUACACAGGAGGUGGCGUAGGACAUUGACUCAGAGGAGCGGACAACACCACGCUCAAGGUCGUCCUGAAAUGAAUCGAGGUUGGCCACCGGCCGCCACAUCGAGAUAUUGGAAGAAGGUGGCAUUUGGAGGAUGAGUAUGGGUGUUCAUGAUGACUGUGAUGAUGGUUUGACUGGUAUGACGCGUGGAGAAUGAGAUAUGUUCUCGCAAGAGAAGGAGAUGGAAGGAGGAGCUAGUGAGGAUGGGGGAACAAGGAACAAAGACUCUGCACAAGUAUCGAUUACGGGGGAUGCCGAACCGCUUGCAGCCCGAUGAUUAUGACCGAUAUUUUACUAUCCG